GAGGCGAAGUCAGGCGGGGAAGCAGGACAGGCAGCGGCCGAGCGAGCGAGCCAGCCAGCGCGGGGCGCACCGAUCUCGGGAGGCGGGGAAGCCCCGCGGCCGCCGCGCCCGCCCCUUCCCCCGCCGCCCGCCCCCUCUCCCCCCGCCCGCCCGCUGCCUUCCUCCCUCUGCCUUCCUUCCCCACGGCCGGCCGCCUCCUCGCCCGCCCGCCCCCCCUCCCGCAGCCCAGGAGCCGAGGCCGCCUGCCGCGGCGGCCGUGGCGGCGGAGCCCUCAGCCAUGGCCUCGGGCGACACCCUCUACAUCGCCACGGACGGCUCGGAGAUGCCGGCCGAGAUCGUGGAGCUGCAUGAGAUCGAGGUGGAGACCAUCCCGGUGGAGACCAUCGAGACCACGGUGGUGGGCGAGGAGGAGGAGGAGGAGGACGACGACGAGGACGGUGGUGGCGGCGACCACGGCGGCGGCGGGGGCGGCCACGGGCACGCCGGCCACCACCAUCACCACCACCACCACCACCACCACCACCCGCCCAUGAUCGCGCUGCAGCCGCUGGUGACGGACGACCCGACCCAAGUGCACCACCACCAGGAGGUGAUCCUGGUGCAGACGCGCGAGGAGGUGGUCGGCGGGGACGACUCGGACGGGCUGCGCGCCGAGGACGGCUUCGAGGACCAGAUCCUCAUCCCGGUGCCCGCGCCGGCCGGCGGCGACGACGACUACAUAGAGCAGACGCUGGUCACCGUGGCGGCGGCCGGCAAGAGCGGCGGCGGGGCCUCGUCAGGCGGCGGCCGCGUGAAGAAGGGCGGCGGCAAGAAGAGCGGCAAGAAGAGUUACCUGGGCGGCGGGGCCGGCGCGGCGGGCGGCGGCGGCGCCGACCCGGGGAAUAAGAAGUGGGAGCAGAAGCAGGUGCAGAUCAAGACCCUGGAGGGCGAGUUCUCGGUCACCAUGUGGUCCUCGGAUGAAAAAAAAGAUAUUGACCAUGAAACAGUGGUUGAAGAGCAGAUCAUUGGAGAGAACUCACCUCCUGAUUAUUCUGAAUAUAUGACAGGCAAGAAACUCCCUCCUGGAGGGAUACCUGGCAUUGACCUCUCAGACCCUAAGCAACUGGCAGAAUUUGCCAGAAUGAAGCCAAGAAAAAUUAAAGAAGACGAUGCUCCAAGAACAAUAGCUUGCCCUCAUAAAGGCUGCACAAAGAUGUUCAGGGAUAACUCUGCUAUGAGGAAGCACCUGCACACCCACGGUCCCAGAGUCCACGUCUGUGCAGAGUGUGGCAAAGCGUUCGUUGAGAGCUCAAAGCUAAAACGACACCAGCUGGUUCAUACUGGAGAGAAGCCCUUUCAGUGCACAUUCGAAGGCUGCGGGAAGCGCUUUUCACUGGACUUCAAUUUGCGCACACAUGUGCGAAUCCAUACCGGAGACAGGCCCUAUGUGUGCCCCUUCGACGGUUGUAAUAAGAAGUUUGCUCAGUCAACUAACCUGAAAUCUCACAUCUUAACACACGCUAAAGCCAAAAACAACCAGUGAAAAGAAGAGAGAAGACCUUCUCGACCCUGGGAAGCCUCUUCAGGAGUGUGAUUGGGAAUAAAUAUGCCUCUCCUUUGUAUAUUAUUUCUAGGAAGAAUUUUAAAAAUGAAUCCUACACACUUAAGGGACAUGUUUUGAUAAAGUAGUAAAAAUUUAAAAAAUACUUUAAUAAGAUGACAUUGCUAAGAUGCUAUAUCUUGCUCUGUAAUCUCGUUUCAAAAACAAGGUGUUUUUGUAAAGUGUGGUCCCAACAGGAGGACAAUUCAUGAACUUCGCAUCAAAAGACAAUUCUUUAUACAACAGUGCUAAAAAUGGGACUUCUUUUCACAUUCUUAUAAAUAUGAAGCUCACCUGUUGCUUACAAUUUUUUUAAUUUUGUAUUUUCCAAGUGUGCAUAUUGUACACUUUUUGGGGAUAUGCUUAGUAAUGCUGUGUGAUUUUUCUGGAGGUUGAUAACUUUGCUUGCGGUAGAUUUUCUUUAAAAGAAUGGGCAGUUACAUGCAUACUUCAAAAGUAUUUUCCUGUACAAAAAAAAGUUAUAUAGGUUUUGUUUGCUAUCUUAAUUUUGGUUGUAUUCUUUGAUGUUAACACAUUUUGUAUAAUUGUAUCGUAUAGCUGUAUUGAAUCAUGUAGAAUCAAAUAUUAGAUGUGAUUUAAUAGUGUUAAUCAAUUUAAACCCAUUUUAGUCACUUUUUUUUUCCCCAAAAAAUACUGCCAGAUGCUGAUGUUCAGUGUAAUUUCUUUGCCUGUUCAGUUACAGAAAGUGGUGCUCAGUUGUAGAAUGUAUUGUACCUUUUAACAUCUGAUGUGUACAUCCGUGUAACAGAAAGGGCAACAAUAAAAUAGCGAUCCUAAAGAAAGAUUACGGCAGAAAGAGAUCUGUAAGCACAGCCUUAUUUUCUUCUGUUGUCCAGAAUACUUAUAAUUCUUGAGCCUCCCAGAAAUUGGAAGCAAAUAAAGCAACUCGAGUUUCCUUUAUUUUGCACUCAGUGACAGUGACUGUGAUGAGGUCUGUGCAUGGACACUUAGCAUUUCCUACGUGCCCUGAAUCCCGAGAGCAGGCAGGAGGCACCCCGAGCUAGGGAACUACCUCAGAGUACACAGACGACCCAUGGCUGGCAGGAUUGCCCUUGAUAUCUUGGUGCGUGUGGGAGUGAGACGUUUGCAUGGGCCUGAUGCUUUCUGGAGGGAAGGCACCGACUGGCAGUGGGUGCGCCAAGGGAGGAUGGGCCUGCCUUCUUUCUCAUCAUCACUCAAGCUGCCUUCAAUGGCAGUGGCUCCUUGGGUUGUCCAACAGGAAAUCUCAGUGCAGUCCUUAUUAGAUGCUAUCAGAUGUAGCAAUUGAGUGCCAGUAGCUGUUUGCUUGUAGACACAAUUAAGUGCAGAGCGGCAAGGCGAUUAGAUUAUUAGGAAGUUGUACUCAGUGAGUACUUGACUUGUCAUGUGUGACUCUUCAAUGUAUAAUUUUUGAACUUUUACUUACCUAGGGUCAAAUACCAGACUUGUUAACUAUUUUAUAAACUGCCGUGAUACAUCAAAAUCUCAUUUAUUCAAAAUGCAAACCUAACUGUCUGUCUUUCUGUGCUGAAUGCUUGACUACAAGGUAAAAUGACAAACAAGUACCAGGUUCAGUCACAAAGAGGCCGGGAGAGCAGCCGGUCGAACGCUUAGCCCAAUUUCUUAUGGCCUCACCAGGAGGAUUGGUGACCUGGAAACAGUGGCCCCGUGGCUCUGGAAUUUUGAAGUGCCUUCUGAACCAUACAUGGAAGUUGUAACUUGGGACAUUUGUUUUAUUCGUCCAGAAUCUGAUCCAGUGAGCAGUUGAUGGGACUGAGCUCAACAGCAGACCCAGCUGUGUGCUGGAGGGCAGGCUUUGCUGUGCCUGGCAGUCAGGAGGGGGUAAGACUAAAGGGGCCCCAUCAGAGCCAAGUACCCAUGUGUCUCCCCCAGGCCUUCGCUCCCUGCCAUCAGGUUAAGCUUUCCCAAAUGCCCUGCAGUCGCAGGCCAGAGCCACGUUGCCCUCCCUCACCCAAUAUUGUGCUACCUUCAAGCCUGGCCCUGGCACCUCAAGACCCUUGCCCAAGGCUCCACAGCAGAGCAGAACUGUGCUGUGGAAAGGCCUGCCAGCCACCCUGAAAGUCAGGCCCAUGUAUAGAGCGAGGCCUCAUCCAUCCUCUGUGCCUUGAUUCCUUGGGAGAUGCCCUUGGCCAUCUCUUCUGUCCCUUUCUGUCUUGAGUGGAGCAGUGAUCAUCAUCUUCACCCUUUCUGUGUUGGCAUUGUCUUCUCAGUGUGCAGUUAACUUCUGUUGGGAGUUCAAAGACAGCGUGGUGUGUGGGUCCUCACUUAGGACAGCAAUGUAGGGACCUGACAUGUCAGUGGCCAGAAGAAAGCUGCUUCUCAUUGGCUUUGGCUUAAACCCAUUUUGCUUGUUAGAAUUUAUAGUUUUGUUAUAGAUGUAAUUUACUAAUUUGAAAUGAUGUUCUAACAGUGAGUCCCUUGUCUAGACACUUAAUCUGAUUUGUAAGUAAUACUGAUAGACAUAUUUUCUUACAUCUGAGCAGAAAUAAAUGCAUGUUUUUAGCAAAUGUAAUGUAAAAACUCCAGAGGAUAAGUUUACACCCAAUAAGAUAUUAUUUUCUAUUUUUAAAUUUGAUAUUUGCCCCUCUUUGGUAGUGGGGUUGGGGGCAUAGUAUCUAUACAGAGCUGUCGCUCCAGAGUGACAUUUAUUUCCCGCAGAGAUGCUGAGCUCACGCUGUGCUGGGCCUUUGCGAUGUGUGUACUUUGCCCAGACGAGGAGCUGAGGAAAACCAAGACUUUUCCCCCUUCCCCCAUUUGGCUUCCACACACAGGUUCUUCUGAAUGCUGCUUGGUUUGCUAAGUUGGUGGGCAUGUAAGACCUGUGCAAAGACGGCCCAUGUUUCUAGGCAGUUUUAGCUUGUGUCUUCACAUAGAUGAGCGCCAACUGUCUUGUCGGUGAAGUGUGUGGUGCUCCAGGGAUAUGGUGCUGGCAUGGCUUAGCACCCACCCCACCUUUCCACUCAGCAGGACUCACCUGUGGUACAGCCCUCAAAUCACUGACUAGAGUGUAUGGCCAUGGCCCAGGAAGUCUUGCCCCCUAAGUUUACCCACUCCCCACAAUAGACAGGGACCCGACUACUGCUUCCUUUCCUCUGUGCUCCGAAUUGACAUGAUUUAGCCAGUCUGCCGUGGUUUCUUAUUCUCUUGACUUCUAGCCUACUUGAGGAUCAGAACAGAGAUGGGCAGAGUUGCCAGUAGAUAGAUGCCAUCCGUGACUGACUACUCAGAGGCACUGCCCUAGCAGCCCUACUGGCUGCAGAAGCUAGCUCCUUUUCUAGCACAGACUGUUUGAAUCUCUGGCCAUAAGAGGCCCCAUCUGACUUUGCAGCCCUUUGUUAGUGUGACCUCUUCUAGAGCCCAGGCCCAGGACCUGGCAGAUACACUCUAGCUGAGGACAGGAGCUCAGAACUCCAAAGCAGAUGUGCUUGCUUGCAACACUUCACUCUGGUCAGAACAAAAGCUACUCCAUGCUUCAAAUCACGUGCCAGCAGCAUUGACCAGGUAGGUUAGGUCUCCAAAGCAUCGAGCUUUCCCCACAGCUGGUUAACUUCUCUCAGGGUAAGCUCAGGUGCCUCGCGAUGGCUUAAUACAGGCCCUUCAGGUGAGUAAGUCGUACUGAGCAGGAGAGGGAAGCUGUGUGGCUAAGAGGCUACCCGGCAUCUUUGGGCAUAGUUGAUCAGUACGGUGCCAGGAAGGUCAUCCCCCAGCUGGGACAGUAUGUAGACUUCAUAGGAAAGGGUGGGUGGCAGAUGUGAGCAGCUGUCACUCAGUCCCUUAUAAAAACGCUUAAGGCAUUGGAAUUGAGUGUCACAGGCGGGGUGCACCUUCCAAGGUGUGCCUAGCCAGCACUCUGGAGACCAUCAAGGGGGGCUAGUGGGCAUCACUGUGCUCCGCAUUUCAGAGUGGCAGAUUUGAUGACUAAAGACACUCGGGCACCCUGAGGAACAGCACUGGGGAUGUGCAGCUGUGCUGGUUGGCCUGCCUCCCUGCCCGGAGCCACGUGGUGUCUGCAUCCAUAGCAUGAGGGAGGUACCAGAGCCACCUCUUCUUUAUAAUGCCAGCAACUGUUAAAACCCUUGAUGUCUACAAAUGGCAAGAAAAGUUGUGUUUUCAUUUUCUGGGAACUCCCAAAGGCCCCGGCUCAAGGACUCUUUGCAUUGUGUGUCAUGUACAUCUCUUAAGUGUUCUUUGCUGUUCUGGAAUUGUCCUUGGUUUUUCCUUAGCUCAUAGAUCAUAGACACAGAAAUAUUAUAGUAUUUACAGCAUCCGCAUCAAGCAUCAGAUGGCUUCGCAUCCAGAAAAACAUAACUCAGUUUGAAGCACCAAGCAUGUGUAACAUGGCUCUAUACAAUACAAUAAAAAGCGCUAAUGUUAAGCUCUUUAA